UAUGGUGUCCCAAUUCCUGCUCUCUUCAGUACCUGGCCAAAUUUGUGCGCAGAAUCCGCCACGCCCAGAGCCAGUUCCCACCGGGACCACUACGCCCAGAGUGGCAACGGCCAGUGUGACUCAAUGCACGCCAACGGUGCUCUCAAAUCUUACAGUACCCCAACCCUUGCCGUUAGAUCAAGAUCCAACGGCCAUCGAACGCCUCCAGUCUUUCCCCUCCCCUCCGGCUCCAAGUCGCCGUCCCUACACAGAACCAUCCGAUCACUGGCGGUGCCCAGACCCCACCGAUCGCUCCCCAUGGCCUCGCCGGACUGCGCCGCACCCCGCGGUAGCCUCACCGAGCUGAACGACGCCUCAGACUUCGACGCCAUCGUCUCCCCCGAUGGUUAUCUCUCCGUCUGCGGCUUUGGCUCCCUCCUCUCCGAGAAGAGCGCGAGGAGUACCUUCCCCGAUCUCCAGAACUUUAGAGUCGCAGUUCUGCGUGGAUGGCGCGUCUUUGCCCACGUCGCCCCCAUUUUCUUCGAGCGCGGGAUCGCCAAGGAGGAAACAGGGGAGGUGUCGAGCUUGAGCGUGGAGUCCUGUGAAGGGGAGUCUCUUAUAGUUACCGUGUUCGAGAUCAGAAAGGAGGAGGUUCGGUCCUUUAUUGAGAGGGAGAAUGAGUUUAGAUUUUUGGCUGUGGUUCCUGAAAGUUUGGAUGGAAUUCCUUUUGCCAAUCCAGCUGUGGUGUGUGCACGAUACAGUGACGAUGAGUAUUUUCACAUUAGAUGCAAAGGUAGCAAGGAGACUUUUUUCCAGCAUUAUGGACGAUACAACAUCCAUAAGAUAUGGCGGGAUGAUAUUUUACCCUGUCGUGCAUAUCUUAGACACUGGUCAGUAUUGCUGUCUUUCCUUUUCUUUUUAUCAUACAUGUCUGCAAUCAAGCUUGCUGUUACAUAAGGCAUGAUAUGUUGCUUUAUUCUUUUCUCUUGGUCUAAUGCAUAAUGCUAGGUAAACUUGUUAUCAAACUAAACCAAGCACUCUGCAUUGUUGUCACAAUUAUAUUGA